CAACUUACGUGAAUCCGCGGUGUAUUCCGAUCUUGCGCUAGUAGCUCAACAACUGGCUUCGGCGACAGUCCAUAAGAACCCGCCAUCAUGAAAUCCAUCACGUCCGUCGUGUUUCUCGUCUUGUGCAUCUUCGCUGCCGUUCAGCAGCUGCAGUCUGCUAAGAUAUUGGCAAUCAUCCCGACGCCGUCUUACAGCCAUCAGAUCCCGUACCGUCAGUUAUGGCUGGAGCUACACAAACGGGGCCACGAGAUCGUACUGGUCACCGCGAACCCAAUCCCGGGCAUGAACGCGACCACAUUCCGGCAGAUCGACAUAGGGACGUCUUACGGCAUUAUUAGACAGAUGGAUUUCGUUAAAUUCCGCUUCGAGGGCUUGGACUGGCUGGCAUUCGAGGAAAAUUAUUUGUUUGAUUUUUCUGAUUUGAUGGCGAACGAGGUGCUGAAUCAUACAGACAUGAAGAGGUUAUACGAGCCGAACAGCAACGAGGAGUUCGACGUUGUGAUGGCCGAGAUGCUGCUCGUGCCCUCCAUUUACGCCUUCGCUCACAGAUUCAACGCGCCGAUGAUAGGUCUGAGCUCGUUGGGUCUAUUAGCAUUCAAUGAACACGUACUCGGUGGCAUCGUUUUGCCAUCGCACGAGUACACCUGGGAGAUGGAGGCGAACGUAGGACUUCAGCAGCCAUUUUGGAAAAGACUUUGGAACUACGUUUCGCUGUGGCGAAGCAUAUACAAAGUCCAUCACAACCUUUUACCCCGUCAGCAGAGAAUAGUCGAAACGUACUUCGGGCCGUCUGUGCCGCCGAUGCUCGACAUACUGAAGAACAUCAGCGUUAUAUUCAUCAAUCAAGCCGAUCCUAUAACGCCAGCCAAACCGAAGCUCGCGAACAUGAUCACGUUCACGUCUUUCCACGUCUCGGAUAAUCUGACACCGCUGCCUGAGGAUUUGAAACGUUUCAUGGAUAACGCGAAAGAAGGAUUCAUUUACUUCAGUCUGGGUAGCAACGCGAUGAGUUCGGACCUGCCCAAAGAGACGCUACAGGUUUUCAAGGACGUAUUCUCCAAGUUACCGUACAAAAUCGUGUGGAAGUUCGAGAAGGAUAUGCCUGGCAAGCCGGAUAACGUCUUCAUCGGGAAAUGGCUUCCCCAGCAGACUAUCCUGGCGCAUCCCAAUAUCAAGCUGUUCAUAUACCAAGGUGGUGUGCAAAGUAGCGAGGAAGCGGUGCAUUUCACGGUGCCAUUAUUAGGAUUUCCGGUGUUGGCGGAUCAGGACUACCAAGUGCUGAGAAUGGAGGCUCUUGGUGUCGCGAAGCGUUUGGAAAUCACCACCGUGACGAGGGAUGAAUUGAACAGCGCCAUUCGGGAACUACUGUCCAACAAAGUAUAUAAGGAGAGAAUGAUCGAACUGAAAAAGAAAGUGAAUGACAAUCCUUACGACAUGGUGUCGCAUCUCGUUUGGUGGACGGAGUACGUGAUUCGUUAUAAAGGCGCUCCUCAUCUUCGUAGCUCGUUGGUCGAUCAACCAUGGUAUCAACGUUGUGACAUGGACAUCGUGGUAUUCUUAACGGUUUUAUCGGUUCUAAUAAUAUCAAACGUAACUGGUAUCAUUGCCAAACUUGUGGUUCGGUCUUACAAACAAUACCAAGUGUUGUCCGGUACACAGAAACAAAAAAUUAGUUAGGUAUACAGAUCAGUGGAGUAUAUAUUUCAAAAUUAUAGCGACUUAAGGAGUAGAUAUUACUGUAGUAACAAAUUCAUUAACUGUAUUAAGUGUUUUAUACUGAAGUAUUCUCGGGGUUAUCGGUCCAUUCGGCGACUAUUUGUGUGCGUAUGUGUGUGUUUAUAAAUUAAUGUCUGCUUCGGAUGAUCCGGAUUUUACUAGAAUAACAAUGUUUAACGAGUAAGGUAUUAAUAAUUUCGUCAAUUAUCAAUAUACUAUUGCAAUUUUUAGGA